UACGCAGGCGUGGAUUUUUCCCGUAAUGGCGGCAAACUUGUUCAUGAGUUGUGAAAGUUGACAGAGUUUGACGAACUACAUCAGCACUAAAAAUCAUUUCAAGUGGCUUGCUGUCGAGAUUUGCACAUUGUUGAAAUUCAUAGGCUAUUGAGUAUAAGUUGGUUUUCGAGUUAAUUGGGACGCGAGCUACUUCUGCUUUCCACCAAAAUGGCAAGUUGCUCCAGUCCACCAAAAAAGAGACCCAAGCUGUCGCUGAAGUUCAUGAGGAAAGACCGACGCCCUGUGACGGACGAUGAUGCCGUCAGUCAGAGGGAGGGCAGUGCGAGAGUUAGACGCAACAGUGCCCCGAACGGACAAUCCAGCUCGACGAGCAGCUCUGUGACCACAGAUCCCUUAUCCACCCAGACCCCGAGUUCCAAGGAACACCAGUUGGAGGUUUCCGUCCGUUGCCCGCCCCCGCCAUUUGCCGGCCUGCAGAACCUGGGCAACACCUGUUACCUCAACAGUGUUCUACAGGCCCUUCGCUUCUGCCCAGGCUUCUGCCCGGGACUGGAUCGGCUGGUCGGUGCGUGGGAGAGGGUGACAGAACAGACGAGGGUGGAAGAAGGGGGCGGAGACGAAGACCCGUUGACCAGGUGUGGACAGGAGAUGCACUUUGUCCUGCAUUUGAAGAAGCUGUAUGAUAAGAUGUCUGCCAAGGAAGCUGAUUACAUCUCCAGUCCAUCAUCUGAUACCACUAUCUCUCUAUCCCCUGAUGAGGUGUUGGAAACCGUCAGGGAUUUAAACCCGAUGUUCCAAGGCUUCUUGCAGCACGAUUCCCAAGAGCUACUGUGCUGCCUUCUAAGCUACGUCCUAGACGCCUGCCAGAAGCUAAAGAAGCAGCUUGUCAAGUUGCGUCCCCCGUCUCCUCUCCUCGGCCAGAGUCAUAGGGCGGCCUGCAUCCACUCCAGGGAUAGGGACAGCCCCAGGAGCUACGCUGUGCCCGAGAGUGGGCCUUGUGUAAGAGGCGGACAAGAGGAACUCGUGGCGUUGGCCGAAGAUUGCAGAGGAACAGUCAAGAUGGAGAAUAUGACGGGAAUGCCACGCAGAAAUGGCAAACUAGACGUCAACUCAUCAGUGUGUGAUCAGGAAGCCUAUACAGUGACUGGAGAAGGAGACAGAUGUGGAGAUAUGAAGAAUGGCAAGGCGACACCAAGAGGGAGAGCUCGGAAUGCAAGCAAUGACUCUGUCAUGAACAGCACAACGAAGAGUCUUUCAUUGGAUGGGAAAACAAACGGUAACAUGGUGAAUGGGUUCAAUCAUUCAUCACCGGACAGUUCUGAAACGACAAAAGUGUGCAAUCAGGUACAUAAUGCCUCGGGCAAGAAAAAGCGUCUAGGUAAAUUCCGGAUGGCUCCCAGCCAGCAGACCCUGUUCGAUGCUUUCACAUCCCACAAGAAGGAAGUACUACCCCCGAACGGGUUAAGGAAAGACCUUGAAAAUGGAACCAAUGGACAGGGGAAUGGAGUUGAUGGGAAAACGAAUGGGUUGAGUGAGUCCUGUGAGCUUGUCGAUCAUGGGCAAACCAUCCAUCCAGGUCAGACAAACGAAUCAAACAAAACAAAGGCACAAAGUGCCCAGCCAUUCCCUGGCUCAAACAGUGGAGAUUUCACCGAACCAAAGAUGAUGCCUUCAAGACAGUCCAUGGUUGUCGUUAGUCAGGAGAGUCCAUCGGGACCCCCUGAAACAGGCGAGAUGGAUGAACCCACCUCCUGGGCAAAGACCACAGAGAGAGACCUGGAAGUGAUCCGGGGACUCUUCCAGGGAGCUCUGCUGCUGAGAACACGGUGCAACGAGUGUGAGAACUACUCGGAGAGGAGGGAAGAGUUCCAAGACAUCAGCCUGCCAGUACGCAGCAUUCCAAGAUGUACCCGGGAUGAAGAGGAUGCAGGAGUACCGGGAGUCUCCCCAGUGGACCUGUCUCUGAGCUGGGCUAUCUCAGAGUUUGCCUGUGUGGAGCGGCUGACGGACGACAACAAGUAUUUCUGUGAGCACUGUCACCACCACGCGGAGGCAGAGAGGAGCAUGCUCUUCGGGGAGCUGCCCCCGGUCUUGACAAUCCACCUCAAGAGAUUCAGCGCCCUCUCUGGCUUUUUAACAGCAGACAGCACUGUGUCAAAGGUCAACGACCACUUGGCCACCCCUCUGUCCCUGUGCCUGAGUCAGUGGUGCGCCAAGCAGUGUCAGCAGCUCCACUGCCAGUACAACCUCUGCGCGGUGGUCAUGCACAGCGGUGUGUCCAGCUCUAGCGGUCACUACAUCACCUACGUACGCAUUCCGGACUGCCCCCUUGAAUCGUACGAGACAGCGGACCCAGGGAUUGGGGCAAACUCGGAGUCCAGCCAGCCUCGCUGGGGGAAGUUUGACGACGAGAAGGUCAGCCUGCUGACCCAGCAGGAGUUGGCGGCCUCGGUCUUGCACCCUGUCUCGGGCUCAGGCAGUGCUGCCACUCCCUACCUGCUGUUCUACAGGCAGGUCCAAGAACCAGACAUAGACUGAUACCCAAACAAGUCAAGAUGUUGCCUAAUGCACUCAUUAAUUACAGAUGUCAUCCUGUCGCUGAUGUGCUUUCAACAAAAUGCUAUGCACAUGCCUUGUUUUUGGGUAAUAUGCACAUUUUACCCAGAAUCCCCUGAGGUUUAAUUUUAGGCAGCCAUUACUAGUAAUCACGGUAAACCCCAAAAGCUUGUUUUAAAAAAUAAUUCAACCGUCAAUUGCUGUACAGUCACUUGUUGAUACACAUGUGCUCCCUAAUAGUUUUACUGAUAACACAAUACCUGUAUUCAGUUACUAUCAUCACUUUCCCAAAUGUAUCAAAUAAUUUGGAAAAGAGUCCAGUUGUCUUCCCCCCCCAAAAAAAAAAUUAGAACAGACUAGACCCUUCAAUUUCUUUGAUCUUUUUAUGUUUUCCUGGUAGGUACUUCACCUUGGCUAUAAAUAUGCCUACAGAUUAGAACUUUGUAACAAAAUAGAGCAGUUUACAACUAUGCACGUACAUUGGUCUCUUUCUCCAUUUUCUUGUAAACUCUAAAUCAAAGAUCCCCUGUACUAGAAAGUGUGAAUACAGUUACUGUAAAAUUAAACUUACUAAUUUUUAUUACUUUGAUCGCCAGACCUUAAGCUGGUACUCUGAGAAUUUCCCUCUAAGCUGGAAUCCUGAUAAACGUACAGUAUAUAUAAAUGUAUGUCGUAUUUUAAUUGAAGUCUAGAAAAAGGUAAUAAAAAUCCAUUUCACAGAAGA